AUGAUUCGGAUGGACCAGGUGGUUAUCAAAGGAAGCUUGAAUGGUGGUGUAAGGUGGUUGGAUGGUAUUUCCAGUGACAUUUACAAGGAAAAGGAGCUUCAAUUCCCCCUUCAGGCGGGUUGUCCGGUUAGUGGCUCACUGCUUAACAACUUAGGUGGUUGGAAACUUGGAUAUGAUUUAAUUUUAAGUUGUCCAUUUCAUGAAGAGUUUGAAGAGAUGAAACUGUCUCCAUCUGCUGACAGUAACUGGAUACAUGAGCUGUCCCCCGUGGCAAAUAUAGUUGUUCGUCGAUGUUCAAAAAUCCUGGAGAUUCCAACGGGUCAGCUUCAAGAAAACUUUAAUGAGGAGGCUCCUGAUGCUAUAAAAGAUCCAUCACGGUAUGCCCGGAAUUUUCUGGAAUAUUCUUGUUUCAGGGCUCUUUCUGUAUCCACACAAAUGAACGGUUACAUGGAGGACAAGAAGUUUCGACGUCUAACAUUUGAUAUGAUGCUUGCGUGGGAGCUUCCUGAUGCUGCUAGCCACCCUUCCAUGGAUAUAGAUGAGGAUGCAAGUGUGGGGAUAGAGGCCUUUUCCCGAAUUGCACCAGCAGUUCCGAUUAUAGCCAAUGUGAUCAUCAGCGAUUAUAUAUUUGAGUUUCUGACUGCAUCAACUGGAGGCCGGCUUCUGUUUUCUACCUUUGACAAAUACCUCAGUGGACUGGAAAGGGCUGUGAGAAAACUUAAAUCUCAAUCAGAGUCAUCUCUCCUUUCAUCCCAACGAUCUGGAAGAGGGGAAAGGGUUCUGGAACUGGAUGGCACGGUAACCACUCAGCCUGUUCUUCAACAUGUUGGGAUUUCAACUUGGCCUGGUCGGCUAACUUUGACAGAUCAUGCAAUGUACUUUGAAGCUCUACGUGUUGUAUCUUAUGAUAAGCCAACAGUUUAUGAUUUGGCUGAUGAUUUAAAGCAAUUUGUUAAGCCUGAGCUCACCGGUCCAUGGGGAACCCGCCUUUUUGAUAAAGCCUUCUUGUAUAAAUCCGUUUCCUUAUCAGAAGCAAUUGUUAUGGAGCUUCCGGAGCUCAAGGGACACACUCGGCGUGACUACUGGCUGGCUAUUAUCCGUGAAAUUCUAUACGCCCACAGAUUUAUACGUAAAUUCCAGAUAACUGGAAUCGAAAAAGACGAAACCCUUUUAAAAACGGUUUUUGGAAUCCUACGAGUUCAAGCCCUAAAAGACAUGAGCAGCUCCUCAAUCCCAUUGUCCUUCGAGGCCGGUCUUAUGUUCAAUGUCUGUGAUCAACUUCCAGGUGGCGAUCGGAUAUUGGAAACAAUUGCUGACAUGUCAAUUUGUCGAGAUGAUGUAAAGAGCAGCGAAAAGGGAAUGUAUUCUAUAUCGGCUAGCACUAUGGCUUCUAGCUUAGGGUUUGUGUUUGGGACAAGUUGCAAUAUUGUUAAUGAGGCCGGGGGGAUUACGGUUGGUGAUGUUUGUGUUGGGGAGUUAACUCCGUUAGAGAAAGCGGUGAAAGAAUCCAGAAGCACUUAUAAGAUGGUUGCAAAUGCACAAGCUACAGUUGAUGGAGUUAAAGUUGAGGGGCUUGACACUAACUUGGCUGUCAUGAAGGAGUUGCUGUUUCCAGUUACUGAACUUGGGAAUCAUCUUGUGAAGCUAUAUUACUGGGAAGAUCCUGUGAAGUCUCUUCAGUUCUGUUUGGUAUUAACAUACGUCCUUUACAGGGGAUGGUUUUGUUAUGUUUUCGCGAUGCUGCUUUUGUUUGUUGCACUGUUUAUUAUGAUUACACGGUAUUCAAGCCGAGGGCGGCCGGUGGAUGAAUUCAAGGUGAUAGCACCGCCACCUAUGAACACAAUGGAGCAGCUUUUGGCAGUCCAAAAUGCAAUUUCUCAAGCUGAGGAGUUAAUCCAAGAUGGAAACGUUGUUCUUCUUAAACUACGCGGUCUAUUGCUCUCCAUAUUCCCACAGGCGAGUGAUCGAUUUGCAAUUGCACUUGUGAUGAUGGCGAUUGUUUUGGCUUUUGUACCGAUGCAAUUUGUGAUUCUACUUGUUGUGUUGGAGGAAUUCACAAAGUACUCCCCUCUCAGGAGUUCAAGCACCGAACGGUUGGAACGCAGAUUCAGGGAGUGGUGGUUUAGCAUUCCAGCAGCUCCGGUUGUACUUGAAAAACUUAAAGAGGACAAGAAAAAAAAUAGUAAUGUGGUAUAUACUAGUUACUUGGUGUCUGCAAGGCGAAUCCACACUGGAAUUGUAACCCCUAUGUACAAACGUUCUCUUUUUGCCCAAAUACUCCCAUUUCCUUCCUCUACUCUUUCUUCUUCACAAACGUCGCUCCUGUUGCUCCCUCCCACUGACUCCAAUUACAACUCUACGCCGUCCCAUCCGGACAUCGCCUCCGCCAGAGAUGAAGUCUUCGCCAUCGCCACUGGCAGUGAAGCCCUCCGCCCCCUCAUCGAUGUCUAUUCUCUUCAACCCCUUUCUCUUGCAACUCUAAUUAUGUAUGCGUCCGUUCGAUCUGUAAUGCCGAGGUUGCCGCAACCGCCGUCUUCGCCUUCACAUUCACCUCCGACUCUGACUGCUUCACCUGUUCCGCUUUCGCCUCCGACAUCUUCUACAGGUUAGCCCACUUCGUUCUUCCAAGUGAGGAUGAAUAUUGGAAAACAACUGAUUUUGAUAAACAGAUUACAAGGAUAUUACUACUGGUCAGGUAUACAUCUUGUAAGAUGUUGUCAUGUACUAGUUUGAGAGCAACAAUGGAACACAUUUAUUAGAUUUGAUGUUGUUUUGCUUAAUAUUGUUGUUGUUUUUUGAGUUUCGAUG